AGUUUUUGCCCAAUCCUACAUAGUUCUGUCAAAAGUCUUCGAUGAGUCUAAAUGUUGUUUUUUUUAAUAUAAUUUUGAAUAUUGCCUAAGCCAAAGCAGUAAAUCAAACACAUACAAUUAUGUUGAAACCUAAAGCAUUAACCCAAGUGCUGAGUCAAGCAAACACCGGAGGUGUCGAAAAUACCUUGUUAUUAAAUCAUCAGGGUGCAUUACUUGCCUAUUCUGGGUACAAUGACAAAGAUGCCAGGGUAACAGCUGCAAUUGCCAGUAAUGUAUGGGCAGCUUAUGAAAAACAUGGUAGAAAUGUAUUCAAAGAAGACAGACUCCAUUUAAUAUUAGUAGAUUGUUUGAAUGGUAAAAUUGCUAUUACACAAGUUGCAAAUUUGUUAUUAUGUCUUUAUGCAAAAGAAACUGUUGGAUUUGGAAUAUUAAAAGAGAAAAUAAAUGCUAUUGCCCAAUAUUUAGAAGGACCUCUAAAACAAGUUGCUAGCUCAUAAUAACAACUGCAUAACAUCUAUAUUUUACUUGAUUGAUCCAAAUGUACAUUAAAACGCUUUAUAUGUUUAUGGUUUU